GUUUUCCGACCAACCGCAAGCCACGCGUUUAUGGUCAACUCCAAGUAAACGGGCACAGCUGACUAUGUACGUCUGCUGCACGUUCGAAGCACUUCCACUUUGCUCGUUCCUGGAUUCCCUGUUGCGGACAACGAUCACCAGUUCUUUGAUCGCUGGCAACGCCACAACCCAGAUCAAAGAAAGCAACCUUGCGGCUCUUCUUCUUCUUCUUCUUCUUGGCCUCCUUCGCCGACGGCGAGCUCCUCCGGGGACCAUGGCGGAGUCCGUUUGCCAGUGCUGCUGUGGCUUCAUCUUCACUUGCGGCCUCUCGGCUCUCUUCCUGUGGCUCACGCUGCGCGUGUCCAAGCCCACUUGCUCCAUCCAGCAGUUCUACCUCCCGGCGCUCAACGGGUCUGCGGGCACCCCCACGAACACCACCAUCUUCUUGAAAGUGAAGCUGGACAACGGCAACAAAGAGAAGGGCAUUUACUACGACCCCGUGAACCUCACCGUUUAUUACUACAGUGAUGCGAAUCACACCAAGUGGCUCAAGAACAUCUCUCGAUUUUACCAGGGGCAUGGGAAGAAGGCCACGAAGAAUGCGAGCGUGGAGACUUUUGGGGUGAAUUGGACUGAUGUUCUGGUCAAGAACGAGUCAUUGGUCUUUAGGGUGGAUUUGGCCACUGCAGUGAGGUUCAAGAUCAUGCUUUGGAAGACCAAGAGGCAUAAGUUAAUGGUGGGAGCUAACGUGACUCUCAUUGCUCAGGGUGCUAAGGACCCCAAGAAGGGUAUCAAGCUGAAGUCUGGGGCGUGUAAGAAUUUGGGGGGUUUUGGCUUUUCGCAGGUGGGGAUUUUUGUUGUCGCUUUAGCUUUGAUUUUGCUUGACUAAGGGCUGGGUUGGACUCUUCCUUGUGUGGGGAGGGUUGAGAAUGAGAUUGAUUUUCUGGUAAUUCUUGAUAGUGGGCAGUGCUGGUUAGUGUUUGCAUUAGAAAUGAUUUAAUUAGUGGAAGAGAAAAAAUCAUUGCUUUUGGAUGAUUUCGUUGAAUUAACACUUAAAUGAAUUCUGGUGUUUUGUUCUUAUGGUAUGUAGUGCUUAUAUUUCAUUACAGUGAGUUCUUCGGGCUGGUUCA